CAGCACAGGCAGCGACAUUCGCUGAAAUUUCUCUUCGGUCCUACACGUACAGCAAAAAUCGCUGCGUGUCCUCAAUUUCCGUAGUUUUUGGCCAAUUUCGUGGUGAAAAAAGAGUGCCGCAGCUUCCAGGAUGUAUUCCAACGACGACUAUGCCGAGGGGGGCUACGAAGAGUACGGCUACGAAAUGGCCGCGGACGACGGAUACGACCGGUCCUUCUAUCCGAUGCAUGAGGACGUUAAAAAGUUCCUGGUGUACUUUUGCAGUGUCAUCAAGGGUGGUGUUGUGUACGAGAUCCAGAAUCUGUACGAGAAUACCUUCCCGAAGCUGAGCGAGCAGCACUUUGAGAAGAAGGCUUGGCCAAGUGAGGACGAAGUGGCCCACCUGGUGGACAACGACAAUCUGUUCAUGAUCCUGUACAAGGAGCUGUACUAUCGUCAUUUGCACGCCCGGAUUCAGGGAGGACCUUCGCUGGAGCAGCGUCUGAACUCGUUCUACAAUUAUUGUAACUUUUUCAACUACAUUCUUCCGUCGAAGGAACCGGUUCAGCUCGAGUUGCCGGACAUUUGGUUGUGGGAGCUGAUUGAUGAGUUUGUGUAUCAGUUCCAGAACUUUGCCCAGUACCGGGCAAGGUUGACGGACAAGUCCGACGAGGAGAUGGACAUGCUGUUGAACAACAACAGCAAGGUCUGGAAUAUCCUGUGUAUUCUGAACGUUCUUCAUUCGCUGGUUUCGAUGUCCAAGAUUAAGGAUCAGCUGGAAGCGGCUGCCGCUGGGCGCGACCCCGAGGAAGUGGCCGGUGAGUUUGGACGCCACUCGUUCUACAAGAUGCUGGGCUACUUCAGCUUGGUGGGACUGCUGCGUGUGCAUUCGCUGCUCGGAGAUUACCACCAGGCCAUCAAGGUGCUGGAACCGAUCGAGCUGCACAAGAAGAGCCAGUACUCGCAUAUUCCGGCUUGCCAGAUUUCCACCUCGUACUACGUGGGAUUCGCUUACAUGAUGAUGAGACGCUACUCGGACGCCAUUCGCACCUUCUCGUCGAUUCUGCUCUACAUUCAACGCACGAAGCAGCUGUACAGUGCCCGCUCCUACCAGAAUGACCAGAUUAACAAGCAAACCGACCAGAUGUACCACCUGUUGGCGAUCUGUCUGGUGCUGCACCCGCAGUGCAUUGACGAGUCGAUCCAGCAGGUUCUGCGCGAGAAGAACUACCACGACAACAUGUACAAGAUGCAGUGCGGCGACCUGGACACCUUCCGCAACUUCUUCGUGUUUGCUUGCCCGAAAUUCGUCUCACCCGUUCCGCCGCCAUCGGAUGCCCCCCUGGAUGACUACGUGAAGGAAGCGCUGGAGCACCAGACCAACGUCUUCAUGGACGAGGUUCGCCAACAGCAGGAACUGCCCACGAUUCGCUCGUACCUGAAGCUGUACACGACCCUUCCGCUGCUGAAGCUGGCCUCGUUCAUGGACCACAUCCCGCAGGACGAAAUUGGCGAGCAAAAGAUUGAAAACCUGCUCACCCAUCUGCUGUGCUUCAAGCACAAAAUGAAGAACAUCGUUUGGACCAAGGGCGCCAGCGGGCUGGAGGGCAAGUUCCAGUCCGGUUCCGAGCUGGACUUUUACAUCGACAAGGACAUGAUCCACAUCGCUGACACUAAGGUUUCGCAUCGCUACGGCGACUUUUUCAUUCGUAAGAUUCUGAAGUUUGAGGAUUUGAACCGUCGCCUGCACAAUCUGAAGGGUUAAAAAAGCGAGGAUCGUA